GUGCGGCGUAGUCGUCGAUGUACUUAGGAUUCGGUCAACGUACACCAUUUCGGGAAUUCGUGUAGGUAAGCGAUUGGUGACUUCAAUUCGAUUAAGCCCAAUUUCUCGUAUCGAAAGCGCAACAGUAUAAAAGGCAUCUUGCAUCCUCAUCGAUGCAAGUCAAUUCCUUACCAGGCAAGUUUCGUUUGUUGCCAAAACUUUCCUUAAAAGAGGUUGGUCCGAUUGGCCGUGGUCUUAUGGGAUCAACAUGGCGCAAAGACCCCAUCCCUACUGAAGAUGCUAUCAAAGUCCUCAAGGCGGCGCUUGAUAGCGGCGUGAACCUGUGGAAUGGCGCGGAUUUCUACGGCCCACCGGAGGCGAACAGUCUCAUUUUGCUCGAGAAAUACUUCACUAAGCAUCCCGAAGAUGCCAAUAAGGUUGUGCUAAGCAUCAAAGGUGCAUCUGGAGCCGGGACCUCACCUAAUGGCACCCCAGAAGGUGUGCGCAAGGCUCUUAAUGCCGCCAUUGCUCAGCUAAAAGGCCAUAACAAGAUUGACCUCUUAAAGCCUGGACGGAUCGACCCGAAUACUCCUCUUGAUGUGACAUUCAAAGUGUACGAGGAGUAUGUGCAGAGCGGGAAGAUUGGCGGGGUUAGAUUGUUGGAGGUCAAAGCGACGACCAUCAAAGCUAUCUCCAAGAUCACUCAGAUCACUUAUGUUAAGGUUGAGCUGUCCUUAUAUGUGCAUCACUUCCUCUGA